GGCGCAAUCUGUACACCGGCAGGGUUUGUGCUUUACGGGAGUGAUCUUUUUUAUUAUGCGAUUUAUUUAAACACCAAGCCUCGUUGCAUACGUAGCUUUUAAACACCGAAUAGCGUUUAGUUGUUUGUUUGGCAACGUCCCUUCAGCAGCCUUUAAUCGCUUGCGUUAUUUCUGUCGUUUCAAUGGCAAGACGGCAAUUAAAGGUACAGACGCCUAUCGAUUAUUAUUGUCCAGCCAGCUAGGUUGGUCGUGCUGUAUUAAAGUGAAUCGCAAAGGCCAGAGGCGGAUUGAGUGAUCAAGGUGGCCGAGAGAGGAGAGAGAAGAUGGGCUCGGGCUUUCGAAGUGAGGAGAUGUGCUUGGCGCAGCUGUUCCUGCAGUCCGGUUCGGCGUACGACUGCAUCAGCGAACUGGGAGAAAUGGGACUGGUCGAAUUUCGAGAUCUCAACCCCAGCGUCAGCUCCUUCCAACGCCGCUUCGUUAGUGAGAUCAAGAGAUGCGAGGAGAUGGAGAGGAUUUUGGGGUAUCUGCUGAGGGAAAUUAGGAAGGCUAGUAUUGCAGUGCCAGAGGCUGAAGUCCCUCCUGUUGCUCCUGCACCCAAAAAUGUCUUAGAGAUCAUGGAGCAACUGCAGAGGCUGGAGGUGGAGCUCAGCGAGGUGGCCAAAAAUAAAGAGAAGCUCCAGCGGAACCUGCUGGAACUGACGGAGUACACACACAUGCUGAGAAUCACACGCACAUUCAUGCGCAGCCGCUCCAGGCAUGAAGCCCUGGGCCCUCAAUAUGAGGAGUUCCCGUCUCUGGAGACUGAAUCAGUGACAGGCUGCACCAGCAUGCAGAGACUGGGCGCCAAACUCGGGUUUAUCUCAGGGUUGAUUCAGCGGGUGAAGGUGGAGGCGUUCGAGCGCAUGCUCUGGCGGGUCUGUAAAGGUUACACCAUCCUCAGCUACGCAGAGGUGGACGAGAGCCUGGCCGAUCUUGACACGGGGGAGAUCAGUAAGAAUGUAGUUUUCCUCAUCUCCUUUUGGGGCGACCAGAUUGGGCAAAAGGUUCAAAAAAUUUGCGACUGUUACCACUGUCAUCUCUACCCUCACCCUGAAACAGAUGAGGAAAGGGCCGAUGUGAUGGACAGCUUGAGGACACGCAUCCAAGACUUACAAAACGUUUUGCACCGCACUGAGGAUUAUUUGAAGCAGGUCUUGCAUAAGGCGUCUGAGUCAGCGCACUCGUGGGUGCUGCAAGUGAAGAAGAUGAAAGCCAUCUAUCACAUCCUUAACCUCUGCAGCUUUGACGUCACCAACAAGUGUCUCAUCGCUGAAGUGUGGUGUCCCGUCAGCGACCUGGCGAAUCUGAGACGGGCGUUGGAGGAGGGCUCAAGAAAAGGUGAUGCCACCGUCCCUUCCUUCGUAAACCGUAUCCCAAGCAGUGAUACCCCACCGACACUGUUGAGGAGCAACAAGUUUACCUCAGGCUUCCAGAGUAUAGUGGAAGCGUAUGGAGUGGGCGACUACAGGGAGGCCAGCCCGGCUCCUUAUACCAUUAUCACCUUUCCCUUCCUGUUUGCGGUGAUGUUUGGAGAUCUUGGUCAUGGUUCAGUCAUGACGCUCUUUGCUUUGUGGAUGGUGUUGACUGAGAAAGACCACAGGCGGAGACGACCAGGAAAUGAGAUCUGGACAACCUUUUUUGAUGGACGGUACAUCAUACUGAUGAUGGGAUUAUUCUCCAUAUACACUGGACUCAUUUAUAAUGACUGUUUCUCCAAAUCCCUCAACAUCUUCGGCUCGGCCUGGAGCGUCAAGGCCAUGUUCACCGAGCACGAGUGGACAAAUGACACUCUACAAACGAAUGCUUUACUCACCUUGGAUCCCAAUGUUUCCGGUGUUUUCUCUGGACCGUAUCCACUGGGCAUUGAUCCAAUUUGGAACAUGGCCGUGAAUCGCCUGACUUUUCUCAACUCCUACAAGAUGAAGAUGUCUGUUAUCAUUGGAGUCAUUCACAUGAGCUUCGGGGUGGUGCUCAGUGUCUUCAACCACUUGCACUUCCGACAGAAGUUUAAGAUCUAUCUUCUCUUUCUUCCUGAGCUGCUCUUUCUGCUUUGUCUCUUUGGGUAUUUGGUCUUCAUGAUCUUUUACAAAUGGCUGGCGUUCUCUGUGCGAGACUCACAGCUGGCUCCGAGCAUUCUCAUCCACUUUAUCAACAUGUUCCUAAUGCAGGAGAACGCCACUACACCCCUUUACCCUGGCCAGAUGGGACUGCAGGUGUUUCUAGUGGUGGUGGCUCUGCUGUCAGUUCCAGUGCUGUUAUUCGGGAAACCUCUGUACCUGUACUGGCUGCAUCAUGGCGGGAAGAGUCUGGGGGUCCACAGGGUGUGUCUGUGUUCUUGUGGUUACGAGAGAGUCCGGCGUGUAAGUGAAGAAGAUCUGUCACCGUCUGUAGUCCACGAUGAAGAGGAGGGACUAAGCGACUCAGGAGGGCCUCAGGAGUUUGAUUUCGGAGACGUCUUCCUACAUCAAGCAAUUCAUACCAUUGAGUACUGUUUGGGCUGCAUUUCCAACACGGCUUCCUACUUGCGUCUCUGGGCCCUGAGUCUCGCCCACGCCCAGCUGUCAGAGGUACUGUGGGCGAUGGUGAUGCGUCUGGGUCUCAGGAUGAGCUCCAGACUGGGCGUGCUUUUGCUUGUGCCUGUGUUCAGCGUCUUUGCUCUGCUCACUGUCUCCAUUCUCCUGGUCAUGGAGGGUCUGUCCGCUUUCCUCCAUGCGCUGCGUCUUCACUGGGUGGAAUUUCAGAACAAAUUCUACAGUGGAACGGGAGUCAAAUUUGCCCCUUUUGACUUCUCCCUGCUGCCCUCUGUCUUUGAGCAAGAUGGGUUACUCUGACUGUAACCCACAACACUUCGAACAGGACACUGUAGCUUAUCAUGACCUACUGACCUCUGGGCAGUGGACAAUGACCCAGCAGUUUACUAGGAUAAAAACUUGCAUUCUUGCACUGCACUGCAAAACAUGGUCAUGGUCGGAUCAAGUACGCUAACUUGACAGCCCUGUUUGCACCAAUCCAUAUCAGAUGUAUCAGGUGCAGGAUUAUCAGCUGUGGCUCCAUCGUGUGCUGUCAUUCGAAGAUUGUCAACAAAGUCCUGUUAUUAUAUUUAUCUUCAGAGAUAUGACUUGUAUUUGGUAUUGCACCUUCAUAAGCAUUUGCUGUCAUAUCGAUUUUCAAAGUGCCAUAACUAUUUUUCAAUGUACAGUUUUGUAUGCUACACUAAAAUGUACUUUUGCUUGCUUUAGCUAGAUCUUAGAAAAAAAAAAAACCUUUGCAGGUGAACUAUGGUGUAGGUAAUGCUACACUGUGCAAGGAACAAUGCCAAAUAACAAAUAUAAUUUCCAGUGUGAUAUUAAAGCAUAAUUUACAGCAUUUAGAGUGUAAAGCAGUUUUCCAGGGUAGCAUUUUUGUUUGUUUUGUCAGAAUGGAUUCUAAGACAAUACUUCAUUCAUAUUUAAAAUGAAAUAUUUUGGUUUUUCAAUACAUGUGUUUAUGGUUUAAGAACUGGCAAAUGUACAGAUGGGAUUGCAAUUUUCCAGUAUGUUUUUCAUCAACGCUGUACAUUUACAUUUGUGUUUCAGUCACUUAUAAACAAGCUAUUAUUA